AUGAGCUCUUCAACUUUUUAUGAGAAGUUAGCCUCUCUGGCUUGCCUUAUCUUUUAUGUUCAGUUGGUUUCAACAACACCAUGCUUUGCUAGCUCCACUGAAGCAGAGGCUCUGCUUAAAUGGAAAGCUAGCAUUCAAAAUCAAACACUUGAUAAUCUAUCCACAUGGACUUACUUUCCCAGAAAAAAUGCCACAAAUUUUCUCCGCAAGCCAAAAGCCAAUGCAAGCCCAUGCAAGACGUGGACUGGUAUUUCAUGCAACGCUGCAGGCAGCAUCAUCAACAUAAACCUUACCACAUCCGGUAUACAAGGUACGUUGCAUGAAUUCUCGUUCUUGUCCUUCCCGAAUCUCGAAUAUCUCGACCUCAGCAUGAAUAAACUCUUUGAUGUCAUCCCGCCUCAAAUCAGUUACCUCUCUAAACUCGUUUAUCUUGAUCUAGCUUGUAAUGAGUUGUUUGGGAGAAUUCCGCCAGAAAUCGGUGGCCUAAGAAAUCUUACCAUCCUCUAUCUCUUUGCGAAUCGGCUCAAUGGUUCGAUCCCGACAUCACUAGGUAACUUGACAACCCUUACCCAUCUAUGGCUUUACACAAAUAAAUUUUCUGGCACUAUUCCUGAUGAUAUAGGGAAAAUGGAAUUUCUUGUGCAUCUCUUCUUAUCCAACAACAACUUCACUGGUUGUAUCCCUAAAAACUUUGGAAACUUAGAAAAGCUACAAACGUUGUACUUGUACAAAAAUCAACUCUCCAGUUCAAUUCCAGAAGAAUUAGGGAAUCUGAAAUCUCUUGUAGGUUUAGAUUUGUCUUACAACAAUUUAACAGGUGGCAUCCCUCCAAAAUUUGGAAACUUAAAAAAGUUACAGUUGUUGUACUUGCAUGACAAUCAACUCUCUGGUUCGAUUCCAAAAGAGAUAGGUAACUUAAAAUCUAUUGUGGAUUUAGGGUUGAGCGAGAAUCAACUCAAUGGUUCAAUUCCUGCUUCAUUUGGUACCCUGACCAAUUUGGAAAUCUUACAUCUACGGGAUAACAAACUUUCCGGCCCUAUCCCCAAAGAGAUAGAGAAUCUUAAGAAGUUGACUAAACUGCACUUGGAUACUAACCAAUUUUCUGGUCAUUUGCCCCAACAUAUUUGCCAAGGUGGACAACUCACAAACUUUUCAGUACACAACAACAAUUUGACUGGUCCAAUCCCCAGAAGCUUGAAAACCUGCACAAGCUUAUUCAGAAUCCAUCUUGAAGGGAACCAAUUGACAGGCAAUGUAUCUGAAGUCUUCGGCGUUUAUCCGAAUCUUGAUUUUAUAGAUGUAAGCCACAAUAACUUGUAUGGUGAAAUCUCACUCAACUGGGGACAAUGCCCACAGUUAAAAACCCUACUAAUGGCAGGAAACAAGCUUACCGGUAACAUACCACCUGAGAUAGGCAAUGCAAACAAAAUUCAUGUGCUCGACCUUUCUUCAAAUCAUUUAGUUGGGGUGGUUCCGAAGGAAUUCGGGAGACUGACUUCUUUGGUGAAGCUGAUGUUGAAUGGAAAUCAACUUUCGGGUCGUAUACCUUCCGAAUUUGGAUCAUUGACUGAUCUUGAAUAUCUUGACAUGUCAAGAAACAGUUUCAAUGAGUCUAUUCCGAGCGUUCUAGGUGGUUUGGUUGAAUUAAACUACUUGAAUUUGAGCAACAACAAGUUCAGUCAAGCUAUUCCAUUUCAGUUAGGGAAGUUAGUUCAACUGUCCCAACUAGAUAUAAGUCAUAACUCUCUUGAAGGACAGAUGCCAUCAAAAAUUAGCAAUAUGGGGAGUUUGGAGACGCUUAAUCUUUCCCACAACAAUCUUUCUGGUUUCAUUCCAACAAGUUUUGAAGGCAUGCAUGGCUUGUCCUUUGUGGACAUCUCCUACAAUGACUUAGAAGGACCCCUUCCCAACAACACCGCAUUUCGAGAUGCUGCACCGGAAGGAAUACAAGGGAACAAAGGAUUGUGUGGCAAUAAUGGAGUUUUGCAGCCCUGCAAUGAACGUAGCUCAAAAAAGGACCAGAAAAGGAUAUUGGUAAUCACAUUCUCUCUUCUAGCUGCGCUUUUACUUCUGUCUUCUUUCUUUACAGUUGUCUUUGUAUUAGAUAAAAGAAAGAAGCUUCAGCAUUCAGAUCCAGAACGAAAUAACAUGCAUGAAGCAAUUUCCUUUUCGAUAUUAAACUUUGACGGAAGAGCGAUGUAUGAGGAAAUCAAAAAGGCAACACAAGAUUUCGAUUCAAUGUAUUGCAUUGGAAAGGGAGGACAUGGAAGCGUCUACAGAGCGAAUUUGUCAUUUGCCAACAUAGUAGUGGCCGUGAAGAAACUCCAUCUGCAGCAGGACAGUGAGAAGAAUGUUGAGAAGGAAUUCCUAAAUGAAGUAAGAACAAUGACUGAGAUACGACACCGAAAUAUUGUCAAGCUCUAUGGUUACUGCGCACAUAAACGACAUUCGUUGUUGGUGUAUGAGUAUCUUGAAAGAGGUAGCUUGGCUGCAAUGUUGAGCAAAAAUGAAGAAGCUAAAGAGUUGGGAUGGAGUAAAAGAGUGAAUAUUGUUAAAGGUGUAGCUCAUGCCUUGUCUUACAUGCACCACGAUUGCUUGCCUCCAAUUGUACAUAGGGACAUAACAAGCAACAACAUUUUGCUGGAUUCUGAAUUUGAGGCCUCUGUUGCAGAUUUCGGCGCUGCCAAGUUUUUGAGCACAAACUCAACUAAUUGGACUUCCCUUGCAGGCACAUAUGGAUAUGUGGCACCAGAGCUGGCGUAUACAAUGGAAGUGAAUGAAAAAUGCGAUGUUUAUAGCUUUGGGGUGGUCACAUUGGAAAUAGUUGUGGGAAGGCAUCCAGGAGAUCUUAUUUCAUCUCUAUCAACGGGCUCCUCCUCCUCAUCCUCCUCGUUGUCGUCAUCAUCAUCUGCAUUACUAGCCAAUCAAAUGCUGGUUGUGGAUGUUUUGGACCAACGCAUUUCGCCGCCGACACAUCAAAUGGCAGGGGAAGCGGUCGCUCUUGUGAAGAUAGCAUUUGCAUGCUUGAAUGCAAGUCCACAAUCUCGUCCAACGAUGAAGCAAGUUUCUCAACUCCUCUCAUCAACCCAGACACAGAGGCUGCAUUUGCCAAAGCCAUUACCUAUGAUUACAUGCGCUGAAUUGCUUGCUUUCAAUCCUUUGACUACCUGA